AUGGCUGAAACGCGAUCAGCAGUUGGCGGACUUGCCACACCCUCAUGCUCUAUGCCUGAAGCUCCCUGCGAGCAUGCCGCGGAGACGCCCGCCUUUGGGGCAAGCGCUGCCAGCACAGCCGAUGCUUUCGGCCAUCCCCCCCAGUUCCAAUACCUGCUGGGUCGGACGAGCCAGGCCGCGCCAGAGGGCGCUCAUCCUGGGCGGGCCACACGCCCGCGCGCGCCGCGCCACUCCCAUGAGAAGUUGCAGGUCGUUGCGCCUGAUGAUUUCCAGCCUGAGAACUCUUUGCGGGCUGAGCAAUCGGGGCCCUGCGUGGCAGGCACAGCGGCCUCAUCGAAUGACCCUGUCAUCCUGGAAGCUUCAGGCAACGUGCGCUCCGCCUCGGAGGUCCGACCGGAUGUCCCAGACACUUUCUUGGGGGCCGCCUCUUCGUCAUUGGGUGCAACAGCCUUUGGGGCGACUUCGCUGCCCCCUGGUGCUUCGAGGACGCUGGGACCAAGCUUUGGUUCUCAGAGGCCGACCAUCGUCUACAUGUCGGACUCUGACGUGGUCCUGCGCAUGGGGCACCAGGUUGAGUGGCUGCACGGCACCGACACCGUGGAGAGGUGGCUGCGCUCACUCGAGUGA